CCUCUCCUCGUGCAGGCGGAGCGCGUGAAGCAGCAGCGGCGGCGGCGGCAUGGUUCGGACCGCGCGGCAGAGCGUCAUCUCCUGCGGCGAGCACGAGGCCAACUGCACGGCGGCGCGCGGCUCGGACAGUCUGGCGCUGACGGCGGCAUCCGCGUGGAGCGGCAACGGAUCGGCCGUGGAUGCGUACCGGCUCGUGGAGCUCCAGCUUCCCGCCGCGGCCGCACCGACGGUGGCGAUGGUUGCCGAGGCCCCACACCCGUACCCCACCGUGGACGUGCCCGACCAUGCUCACUACACUAUCGGCUCCGUCAUCCUCGCCAUCGGCAUCACGGGGAUGGUCGGAAACUUCCUGGUCAUUUACGCCUUCAGCAGGAGUCGUAGUCUACGGACGCCGGCCAACAUGUUCAUCAUUAACUUGGCCAUCACAGACCUGCUGAUGUGCGUCACCCAGUCGCCUAUCUUCUUCACCACCAGCAUGCACAAGAGGUGGAUCUUUGGAGAGAAAGGCUGCGAGCUCUAUGCCUUCUGUGGCGCUCUCUUCGGGAUCUGCUCCAUGAUCACGCUGACGGUAAUCGCGGUCGACCGCUACUUCGUCAUCACGCGACCGCUCACCUCCAUCGGCGUGUUGUCACGGAAACGGGCCCUCCUCAUCCUGAUGGCGGCCUGGGCCUACUCGCUGGGAUGGAGCCUGCCGCCAUUCUUUGGCUGGAGUGCCUACGUCCCGGAGGGCCUGCUGACUUCCUGUACGUGGGACUACAUGACCUUCACCCCGUCAGUGCGAGCAUACACCAUGCUGCUCUUCAUCUUUGUCUUCUUCCUGCCACUCUUCAUCAUCAUCUACUGCUACGUCUUCAUCUUCCGCGCCAUCCGCAACACCAACCAGGCUGUUGGGAAGAUUAAUGGCAGCACUCGUGACUCGGUGAAGAGUUUCCACCGGCUACAGAAUGAGUGGAAGAUGGCCAAGAUCGCUCUGAUCGUCAUCCUGCUCUAUGUCAUCUCCUGGUCACCGUAUUCCACCGUUGCACUCACCGCUUUCGCCGGGUACGCAGACAUGUUGACUCCCUACAUGAACUCUGUUCCUGCUGUCAUCGCCAAGGCCUCGGCCAUCCACAACCCCAUCAUCUACGCCAUCACACACCCAAAGUACAGGAUAGCGUUAGCCAAGUACAUCCCGUGCAUGGGUGUCCUGCUGUGUGUUCAUCCUCGCGACCUCCGCUCGGCCAGCAGCAGCUUCAUGUCGACUCGUCGCUCCACUGUGACCAGUCAGACCUCCGACAUCAGCAGCCAGUUCAGACGGCAGAGCACCGGGAAGUCCCGCCUCUCCUCUGCCUCCGAUAGCGAAUCGGGUUUGACAGACACUGAGGCCGAUCUGUCCACUAUGGGAUCCAGACCGGCCAGUCGUCAGGUGUCCUGUGACAUCAGCAGAGACACCGCCGAGCUGCCCGACUUCAAACCCUCCUCCAGCUUCAAGUCUAAGAUGAAAAGCCAUGACUCGGGCAUCUUCGAACGGACAUCCUAUGACACUGAUAUUUCCAUGGCAGGAGUCAAUGAACGGGGCAGCAUCUCAAAUAGCGGAGAUUACACAGACGGACACGUGAUGAGAUGCACGAUUGGUCGAAUCCCGAGCAUUGUCAUCACGUCGGAGUCCAGCCCUUUCCUGCCGGCCGGACGCAACGGUUCCCGCUCAUCCAGAACCAAGACGGCCAACAGCAGCACGGGUUCGGGGCCAGGGUAGAGCUCCGCCCCCUCACCUGCCGAUAGCUGCAGUUUGUUAGAAGCAGAGUAGCAAGCAAACAAAGUCAUCAGAGGAAGGUUGUAAAUUCAUGGUGGUUUUAUACCUGAGAAGUUACGCCCAGCUGUCUUUGAGCUUUUUUAAAAAUUGUUUUUUAUUUUGAAAUAACAGCAGGUUACUUAAAGAGCAACCUCACAACCAGUGUAGCUCAACCACAGCCCCGACAUAUAUUUUAAAAAUGCAGUGCAGUCCCUAUAACUCUGUAGGCAUUCAGAGCCAAAACAGCCCUGCAUGUAAGGGGGAAAAAACAAGUUUUCCCAUUUUAACAAUUGCAUUCACAUUAGAUAUGACUUGUCAAAGCUGGAUAAUCACAGGUGUAAAUAAUGCAUUAACCUAAAUACAUUUGGACACCUGUCAGGUUCUCUAUAAAGGAUACCUCAGCAUUCAAAUCUUACACCAGUUUCUUCAUACAGUAUUUGAAUGUUAUUUAGCCUCCAGGCCACUUUAGCUACUAACACUAGUUCAGUUGAGGUAUUUUUAGGUAAGGUUAGCCAGCUUUGUGUGAGUUGUACUAUCAUAAAUCCCCCAAAAAGAAAAAAAAAUAGAAUUUUGUUGAUUUAAAAAAAU